UGGUUAUCAAAUGGAAAUGCAGAGUGCGACUCCUGUCCUGUACAAAACACAAUGAAGUUAGAUCCCAGUCUGUCAAAAAAAUGUCACCGUUUCACAGUCACAGUAAUGAAUGACAGUUUUUCAGUUCAAAAAGUUAACCUGAAAGUUUGAAACUGUAACGAAGAUGAAGUUUAUUGAAACAUUUUAAUAAUAUUAAAUAUUACAAAAGGAUGACUUGUAUAUACAAUAAAAACCUCGCUUUACAAAUUUGCGAUCGCAGCGGCUCGUUCGAAGACAGAACGUUAAAUUUAAUUGUGAACAAUAAUCAAGAUUCCCUACAAAUAAAAAUACGCGAUCCGUCCGAAUUCACUUUCAACUACACGGAAACGAUCGAUUUAGGCGAUUAUGAAAUUUUGAGAGCGAAGCAAAAUCUAGACAUUAAUUUCAACGAGUUUGUCGGGAAUUUGUUGGAAAUGUUGCAACAAAUACCGAGAAGAGAAAUGUUCUUGAGAUGCGAAGUUUCAGAGAAAUCCUGCGUGUUAGUGUUUUACAAUAAAUCAAAAAUCAAAUCGAUAAUUUAUGUUACGUUAGAACUACAUGCUACAUCUCAAAAAGAAAUCCUUAAUGAAGUGACCAAUAACAUGCAUCACAUAAAGGAUUCGAACGAAAGACUUCAGUUACAAGUUUCAAAUAUGAAGAAAAUAAUUGCCAAUAAGGAUGCAGAUAUACGAAUAUUAACCAAUAAUAUUGCUAAAAUGGAUUCUAAAUUCCAAAAGGUGUUAAAGGAAGUUGAAGACACUAUCAUCACAAAAUCGAGAGAUUUCGAAUACCAGUUACUUAAAAAAAUUAAAAUUCUAGUGCAAAGAUUAGACGAGCUAUUCGACGAAGUGAACACCUUGAAGAAAAAAUCAAUUAUGAAAACAGAAUCUAAUUCCAGGCUAUUAAGAAGCAUAGAAAAUUUAAACAUAGAGAAUAUCAAGUUUACGAAUUCCAUCGAUCAACUGGAACAGAAAAAUAACGAAUUACAAUUGGCGAAAAUGAGCUUGGAGAAAACCGUCAGUAAUUUACGAAGCAUCUUAAGCGAACGAGAUGCUGCCAAUAGAGAAUUACAAAGCAAAAAUGAAGAAUUAAGGUGUGAUAUGGAAAAAGCCACAAUUAUUGUCGCCCAAAAAACCUCAAACAUCGAUGAACUGCGCAGGGAUUUAAUUCAAGCCAAUCAAAUGCUAGUGAAUUUCAACAAUCAUUACGAUUCCAAAGUUAAAAUAAUAGACAAUUUACAAUCUUCUUUAGUUGCAAAAAAUCAGGCAAUCGAAGAAGCAAAAACCAAAAAUUACCAACUUCAAAGGGAGUACGACGAAUAUAAAGCAGCUUACAAUUCAGAAACUCAAGCUAAAUUAAAACACGAACUUUUUAUGGCUCAGAACAAGAUAGAAGAAUUGGAAAAAUCGAUUAGAAACACUAAAAAGAUUAACGCUUUGCUUUCUGAGAAAGUAAAUAAAAUAGGAAUUUGAGUAAGUUAAUAAAUUUAAAUUC